UGUUCUUUUUUGAUGGUUGAGACGUUUCAGGUUAGACAAGAAUUAAAAAUGCAAAAUAAUUUUAGUGAAUAAUCAACUCUGAAUUGAAAGUAACAUGAAGAUGUUGUAGGAUUUGCCAUAUUUAUAUAAUGUAAAUAUAUCGUCUAUUGAAAACCAGAACAUUCUAUCUGACCAAUUUUGCAAAAAUCACUUUUUUGCAUUCUUAGAUCCAGAAAAUGCGGAUACACAUUGUCUCAAAAUUUCAGACCUAUAUACCAACUAUAUCAAAAGUUAUUGAUAAGAGAUCAAACAUUCUAUCUGAAAUCAAUCACUUUUUUGUAAUGCUAGAACAGUGUAUCGUCACAUGUAACAUAAAAUGUCACAAUUUUCAUUAAGAAAAUUGCCAGUCCAUUUCAUUUGGUCAUAGAAUGGUAUGCUUUUACAGUUUUAAGAAUUAAACAGGCAAAUGCUGUCUACCAGACUCUAUCAUCUGAGUAUGAAAGUAUCUGGGUUUCAUUAGAACAGCCCAUAACAUCAUCAUAUUUUACAACCAGAACAUUUUAUCUCAGAUACACAUGCAUGUUUGACUAAAUGGCUGAUAGAAGAGUUAGCCACAACGUUGUAUCUAGCGAUGAAUGGUUCUGGGUUUAUCGUAUAUCAACUUAAAUGAGUUAUCAAGUGAAAAGCAGACACUAUCAUUUACGUAUGAACUAUUUAAGCAUAUGUGUGAUAGCACUUGACAAGGCUAAUUGGUGUUAAUAACAUUCUAUAUCAUGUUUCAUGUGGAACUGGUUUUUGUCUUGCGAAGUGUUUGUUUAGAGAUAAAAACCUCACAAACCGCAGAACUGUAUAGAAUGUGGUCAGGGAAGGAUUUCGACCUACAAAAACUAAAAGAUGUGGUCGGAUGCAGACGACGAGAUAUUAAUUGAAGCUAGCCAGAAAUGGGAUCAUAUCGCACAAGAACAGCCAAGCCCUGCAGGCGUUCCAUCAGAACAGCAAAGCACUGCAUACGUGUUACCAGAACAGCAACGCAUAUCAGACGUGCUACCAGGAAAGCAAAGCACUGCAGGCGUGCUACCAGAAGAGCAAAUCACUACAGGCCUGUCACCAGAACAGCAAAGCAGUGCAUGCGUGCUACCAGAACAGCAAAGUACAGUAGGCGUGUUACCAGAACAGCACAGCACAGCAGGCGUGCUACCAAAUCAGCAAAGCAUAUCAGACGUGUCACCAGAACAGCAAAUACCAAAACAGCAAAGCAUAUCAGGUGUGCUACCAGAACAACAAAGCACUGUAGGUGUGCUACCAGACCAGCAAAUCAAUGCAGGCGUGCUACUAGAAGAGCAAAUCACUACAUGCCUCUCACCAGAACAGCAAAGCACUGCAUGCGUGCUACCAGAACAGCAAAUCAUAUCAGGCGUGUCACCAGAACAGCAAAGCAUAUCAGGCGUGUCACCAAAACAGCAAAGCACUGCAGGCGUGCUACCAGAACAGCAAAACACUGCAGGCGUGCUACCAGAACAGCAAAGCAUAUCAGGCUUGUCACCAGAACAGCAAAGCAUAUCAGGCGUGUCACCAGAACAGCAAAGCACUGCAGGUGUGCUACAAGAACAGCAAAGCACUGCGGGCGUGCUACAAGAACAGCAAAGCACUGCAGGCGUGCUACAAGAACAGCAAAGCACUGCAGGCUUACUACCAGAACAGCAAAACACUGCAGGCUUGUUGUCAAGGAGCCAAUUUACAGAAGGGUUUUUAAUGAGGAAUACAACCUUUCCUUUCACGUCCCCAAGAAAGAUCAGUGUAGCCUAUGCAACAGGUACAACAACGCAAAGGCAGACGGAACACUUAAUGAAGAAAUGAAAAAAGAAUAUUUAAAUCACCAACAAAGGAAAACAUCAGCAAGGGAACAAAAGUACGAGGACAGCAAUAAGGCAAAACAGGACAACAAGACUCACACAUGUACGUUUGGUCUUCAGUCAGUGUUAUACACACCCUGCUCUCUGGUAAGCCUGAUGUAUUAUAUGAGAAAGCUGUGCUGCUAUAACCUGUCAGUCUACAGUGCCGGUGACAAAACAGCAACAUGUUUUCUGUGGUCAGAAAUUGAUGGGAAACGGGGAUCCAACGAGAUUUCUACAUGUCUAAACUUGUAUCUGUCAAGAUUGAAUUCAAGGAUCUAACAUGUUAUUCUGUACUCCGACGCUUGCCCUGGGCAAAACAGAAAUCAAAUUGUGGCGACAAGUCUGUUACAUUCUGUAUCAACAUCACCAACUAUUAACACAAUCGACCACAAAUUUCUCGAGAGUGGACACACUCAUAUGGAAUGUGACUCAAUGCAUUCGGCAAUCGAGUUCGCCAAGUCAAAAACGAAGAUAUUUGUCCCUAGCCAAUGGGAAACUGUCCUAUCUAUGGCGAGAAGAAAAAACCCAUACCAUGUGGUUGCUCUGAAAAACUACGACUUCAAAGACUUCAAGGCAGUAAAAUCAUCACAAACAAAAGCUACAAAAACUGAACAGGGCACCAGGCUGAAAUGGACAUCCAUGAAGUGGAUGCGAUUUUUGAAGAACGAACCCGAUGCAUGCUUCUUCAAGUACAGUUUUGACAAUACAGAAGAGUUUCAGAAGGUUAAGCUUGUAAGUAAACGCGAUAUUCACCAAGUACAGCCCUUGUAUAAAGCAAAGCUGCCAAUAUCAAGUGCAAAGAAGAAAGACCUCAUCACUUUGUGCAAACAAGGCAUUAUUCCGACAGAAUACCAGGACUUUUACAGGGG